CACAGUUGUCCCUCAUCAUAAAACCAAUCAGUUAUUCGCGCAAACAUAGUCCAUAGUGCAAGCAGUACUUCAGCAGUUGCUCCACGUUGAUAAGUUCCCUUUGAACCUCUUCAGAUAUGCUGCACCUGUCCUACCGGCUAGUCUCGCGAGGCUUGAAGCACCAUCCCUGCUGUAAUCUCCGAACUUCCAGGUUCAACCAGCUCAGUACCGUCGGAUACGGCUGGCUGGCUGCGACAACGGACCACAAUCAGGUCAUUCGGGGCAUCUGCUGCUCGACUGAUCAUCAACCACGGGCAAUCAGGAUGAGUUCGAGGAGUGCCAGUACGAAGGCGGGCGGUUGUGGUCCGAUUCGGAUACACAGCUUGACGAAGAAUCUGCACUUUUACAGUGGAUCGAGCAGGAAGUGGGACAAGGAUGCGAAGACGUUACGGUUGAGUGAGCCGCUGGAGAAGCCGUUGGUUCUGCUGCUGUGCUGGCUGCAGGCUUCGGAGAAACAUCUGCGAAAGUUUGCCGAGUUCUACCAGGAGCAGGGCUUUGAAGUGUUGGUGGCGCACAUUACGCCGUGGCAGUUGAUGUGGCCGGUGUACGGGUCGCAGGCCGUGGCGGCCGAUAUCGUAAAGUUCUUGAAAAACAACACGCUCGAGCAGGGCGUCGUCCUGCACGGGUUCUCUGUCGGAGGGUAUUUGUGGGGAGAGUGUCUUGUGAGGCUGGACCAGGAUGAAGACGGCAAGGCUACGCUGGGCAAGAUCAAGGGUCAGAUCUGGGACAGUGCGGCGGACAUCACGGAGAUCCCUGUUGGAGUGCCGCACGCCGUGCUACCAAAGAACCCAACCCUGCAAGGAGCUCUGCGAAGUUACAUCACCUACCACUUGAAGCUGUUCCACGAGGAAGCCACCCAGUAUUACGAAAAGUGCAACCGGCUGUACUUUUACGAGCCAGCUCGGUGUCCCGCCCUGCUGCUAGUCUCCAAGACCGACCCCGUUGGAACGGAGGCCGCCAAUCGGCGCCUGAUGGCCACCUGGGACUCGGUGGGCGUCAAGACCACCAUCAAGUGCUGGGACCGGUCGCCGCACGUGGGACACUUCCACCGGCACCGGGACGAGUACAUCGAGCAGGUGGUGAACCACCUCGGCUCGCUGGACAUUGCAGGUUAUACGGCGCCAAAGGCGAAGCUGUGAGCGGCGCAGACAAAUGGAUGUGGAAUUUAAAUUGAUUGUUUAGGUAGACACUAGCGCAAUCUGUUGCUCAAACGAGUAAUUAAUUUUCAACUCGAGUGGAACCACAGACGAGUAGAUGGAGAUAUCUUUUCAAAUCCAUCUAUCAUCAAUUAUCCCUUUCAGGCCUGAUAGGAUAUGACCCAAAAAUCAAAAUUUUGAAAACUAUCCUAUUAUUUUCGUCAUUUUCCCAUCAUUAGAUAAAAAAAUAUUUUUUGAAAACUCAGGCCAGAAAGGGUUAUGGAGUUUAAAAAAAAAGUCAAGAUGUUAAAUUUUGGUUGAAUUUGGAUUCACCGCAAGGGUUUUUAGAUUUUCGCAUUUUUUUAAACGAAACAAAAUUUUGCAUCGUCAGUUUUUCCGUACUGAUGGCACCUAUUUUGGAUCCAGAAGAUGGAUUGGUUUCGGAAUAUAGCAAAAAUCUGAUUAAAAAAUCUAUUAUAUGCUUGUUUUAAAUGCAAAACAUUGAAAAAUAUCGAAAAUCUGGUAAAAAAUCGCAAAGUACGCAAAGUUCUUGAUAAAUUAAACCUUCUUAAGUUUUAGACACCUUCAGGUAAGAUAAAUCAUAAAAAUGUCAUUUUUUUUAAUGCGAAAAAAAAAGUUUUUUCAAAAAAAAACCUUCUAGUGACUUUGUAACGGUGCCCUUUAUCAAAACAUUUUUAACCCCAUUUUGAUUACAAAUUUGAUUUAUCAAUUUUGGUCUUCGACUUUUAAUGAAACAAAGUGUAUUAAAAAAAAUCAAAUGUAAUUUUUAUCUCUGAACGUGUUUACAUGUUAAUGUCAAUUGGGUCCUAAAAUGAAGCUUAGAUUGCUGAUAUUAUUGUUUACAGCGAUAAAGUUUAUUUUUCUGAGUACAAUGACCCUUUGUACGACCACAAAGAGUUUAAAAUGGAUUUUUAAAUCAAUUUUGAAAAAUUAACCUCGCGGUCCUUCUUGACAGAAAUGCUCCUACUUGACAGCUCGGUCCAAGGGUACCAUAGUUAAUCCAUCGAAAAAUUUUUGUCUUGUAAUUUUUUUUUGCAUUAAAAUGAAAAAAAGUGAUCAAAAAUGGUUUUUAAUCGUGUUUUUUACCGUUGUACAUAAAAAUUUACAUAGGGCUUUAGUACCCAAUUUGAAAUGAUCGUUGUUAAAGCAACACAAAUUAUUUCAACAUCUGUUUGUCUAUGCUGUGGCGUUCCACACCCUGUGAUAUAACAAAAUAACCAUUACCUCCUCCACCAUGCAACAUGAAAUUUGGCGUAAAAUUAGCCUAAACAGAGAUUAGACUCCAUAGAUUUUUGUUUCUGUACUGUGUGUGUGUGUAUAUGUAAAACUGAUUGUGAAUAAAUCGAACGAUAAGCUACCCUUUUGAU